AUGGAUCCAUCGAAGCGAAUCUGUCUCAAGAACCUGCCAGAGGGGUGCACCAAGCGCGAACUCGCCGAGCUGGUACGCAACCGCACAGGCACACCGAUCCACAGCAUCGACCUAGGCCUCGACGCCGACGGGAAAACGCGGCGCUAUGCCCAUUUUUCCUGCGAGGGCGCGAAGCAUGUGCUGGAGGUGCUGAGCACUGGAGUAUCGUUGCGCGAUUCCACCAUAUACGCUCAUCCUGCCAAGACGCAUUACUCGUUCCGCUACGCUGAGGCUCGCCGCAAGCGAGAGCGGGCGGAAGCGGAGGAAAAGGAGCAGCUAGAGGCGUUUUGGGCUGCCUCGAGGCAACGCUUUUUGGACCGCACUAACGGCGGAGAGCUGCCCAAGAACAAGAUACCCAAAGACUUCUACGCGUCGAAGCGCAAGUAUGCGCGUAUCGCCGCCGAGAUCGCUCAAAUGUCGCGCAACGCGCACGCCGCCGCGAGGGGUGGCGCCGCCUAUGCCGAGCACCCACGCGGCGCCGCCCACGCAGCGCCGCCCUUCUCAGGCGCAGACUGUGGCACGAAUAGCGCUUAUCGGGCUGCUUCCAAGGAUCACGGCACCUCAGGUGGUGGUGCUGCCGCGGCUUGUGAGCCGCCUCGAACCACCGCGGGUGGUGGUGACGCCAAUGCAGCCAAGAAGUGUGCAUCGAGGCUUACGGCUGCCAAAUCUCAAGCACCUGCUGUCGCGCCACCGCCGCCGCCGCCUCCGGGGCCCACGAAAGAGGAACGAAAGCUGAGCGGCCUCCAGGCGAAGCUAGCUGCUCUGAAGGAGAAGCUGAAAAAGUGA